UUAACCUUUCACAUCUCGCGAGACUUCCUCGCGGUUUGAGCGUUCCCUUCUAGCCACAUCUCGUUUGUUCCCGUGUGGAUGGCCUGCUCUGGAUCUAACCUGUCACAACUGACCUGAAAACGAGAGCAACGUGGGAUAAAGUCAGUGAAAUCAGGUGCUGUUUUGAUAACUGUAACUGAGAUUUGAAAGGGCCAAGAGAGAAAUCCACUGUUCCCCUCCCCGACCUUCCUGACCCUCUCUGAAACACAUCUCUCACCAUGAAUGAAGUUAAUGUAGUCAGAGAGGGCUGGCUUCACAAAAGAGGUGAAUAUAUCAAAACAUGGAGGCCCAGGUAUUUCAUUCUGAAGAGUGACGGUUCUUUCAUCGGCUACAAGGAGAAGCCCGAUUUAAACGACCAGAUUUCACCACCACUCAACAACUUCUCAGUCGCAGAGUGCCAGUUAAUGAAGACUGAAAGACCCCGGCCCAACACAUUUGUCAUUCGCUGCCUACAGUGGACCACUGUCAUUGAACGCACCUUUCAUGUGGACAGCAAUGAGGAGAGAGAGGAGUGGAUGCGGGCAAUCCAGUCAGUGGCAAAUAGUCUGAAGAUGCGGGAACAGGAGGAUGAGGAACCAAUGGAUAUGUUCGGCUCACCCAGCGAAAGCAGCCUGGAGGAGAUGGAGGUGUCGCUGUCCAAGCUCCGCUCCAAAGUGACAAUGAGUGACUUUGAAUACCUGAAGCUGCUCGGGAAGGGGACAUUUGGGAAGGUGAUUCUGGUCAAAGAGAAGGCCACCGGAGUACAUUAUGCCAUGAAAAUACUACGCAAAGAGGUCAUCAUAGCUAAGGAUGAAGUGGCCCAUACGGUUACAGAGAGCAGAGUGUUGCAAAACACACGACACCCCUUCCUCACGACACUGAAGUAUGCCUUCCAAACCCACGACCGACUCUGUUUUGUAAUGGAAUACGCCAACGGAGGCGAGCUCUUCUUCCACCUGUCACGGGAACGGGUGUUCACAGAAGACCGGGCACGCUUCUACGGCGCUGAGAUCGUGUCGGCGCUCGAGUACCUCCAUUCACGUGACGUUGUUUACCGUGAUCUGAAGCUGGAGAAUCUGAUGCUGGAUAAAGACGGCCACAUCAAAAUCACUGAUUUUGGCCUUUGUAAGGAAGGCAUUACCCCGGAUGCUACCAUGAAAACCUUCUGUGGUACUCCUGAAUAUCUGGCACCUGAGGUCCUAGAAGAUAACGACUACGGCCGGGCGGUUGACUGGUGGGGUCUGGGUGUAGUCAUGUAUGAGAUGAUGUGCGGCCGACUGCCUUUCUACAACCAGGACCACGAGCGUUUGUUUGAGCUCAUCCUCAUGGAGGAGAUCCGCUUCCCCAGGAACCUGUCGCCCGAGGCCAAGUCCCUGCUGGCUGGUCUGCUCAAGAAGGACCCCAAACAGAGGUUGGGUGGAGGUUCCGAUGAUGCCAAAGAAGUAAUGAGUCACAAAUUUUUCAUCACCAUCAAUUGGCAGGAUGUGGUACAGAGGAAGCUCACCCCACUCUUCAGACCGCAAGUGACUUCAGAGACAGACACCCGGUACUUUGAUGACGAGUUCACAGCGCAGACCAUCACGCUUACUCCUCCAGACAAGUAUCACAAUCUGGACUGCGAGGACUCCGGCCAGCAAGCACAUUUCCCCCAGUUCUCCUAUUCUGCUAGCAUAAGAGAGUGAUAGCAUCUCUGCCACACACACACACACAAAAACACAUGAGGCAUGAACACCUUGGCCACAUCCUUACAGCUAUAAAAUGACCAGAACCUCCGUCUUCAAUGAGGUUUUAGUCCGUCAGGAUCUAAGUGCCUCGGCUGGCUGCUUUAUUGUUAUAUAGAAACCCCCUUCGUCCACACUACGGACAAAGCCUGGCCACACUGGCUGUACUGUAUCAAACUGGACUUCAGUACCUCACAUAGUCAUCAGCAAAUCUCAACAACACAAUGUCUGUAGCACCUUUGGAUGGCCUAUAAACAACUACUGCUGCUUUUUUCAGACUGUAAACCACCGAUGAUUUUUAACACUGUCUUUUUUAUGGUCUUUAUGGAAGCCAUACAGUUCCUUCAUGAUAUUUCCAAGUGCUCUUCUUCAGAACUAGCUGUUACCACUGGUGAUAGACAGGUUUGUAUAUGAGGGAGGAAGAAGCGGGGCAGUUAGUUGGGUGGUUUUCUGUUCAGUGUGUGUGUGUGGAAUUUUUUCUUUUCUUUUUUUGAGAAAAGGCGGGGCAUCAAAUCCAAACUGAAUGUCAUCAGUUUAGUCCGAGUGAGUCUGUGAGAGCAUGAGGUUUUGUGUGUGUCAAUACAACGCUCGCCUUGAUAUGCAUCAGGAACAACAGAUUCAUUGACAACACAUGAUGAUCAAAGUGUCUCCAUGGAGAAAAGCUUUGAGGGGAAGAUGAGGUGUUGAAGAGAGAGAGAGAGAGGCUGUCCUUUGUAAACUGUAUGCAAUGAAAACAAAUUACUUGUUUAUUCUCUCAUCUCAGAAUUUGAUCUGUCGAGUGUGACACGUCAAGUGUGACACGUCAAUUAAUGGGAAAUUGGGAAUACCUUAAUGCACAAGGUGUAUAUUAUUUUUUAAAACAAGGUUUUUUAAUUCUAACACAUUUUUUUUUUAUCUUUCUCAAUCAGCAAAAUACACACCUUCCAUGUGAUUUCGGAGACUUAAUAAGCACAUAGUGAUUUAAAGAAGACCUCAUUUUUUCUCAGUUGGACCAUGUUCAUAAUGAAAGCUUCCUGGAUUGGUGUCAGUGCUUAUUAUUUUUUAAACAUCUCAUGGAAAUGUGUCUGUUGCACCAAAAAUCUGUGAGAUACCAAAAGCUAGGCGUCAAAUGUCUGGUCAGAUUCAUCAACCUGUUGACUUCUCCUUCUCCCACUGGCCAGAUUUAGACUAUUUAAUUUCGACAAAGUUUUUACACGACUGCAUGCAGACAACAUUUCACAUCGGAGAGCUUUUAUUUUGGUAAAAUGAGAAAAAUAAAUCCUCAAAGUAAGGUAUUAAAGUGCUGUACCUGUACUGAAACUCAGGUGUUGUUUCAGCACUUCUAUUGAGAAAAAAACAGCACCAAACAAUUAAGCGCACUUUCGGAGUACAUGUUAAUAUGUAGAGUGUCAUAAUUUUUUGUAGCAUUCAAAGCUACUUCUGUAAUAUUUCCAAUUCACUCAUACCUACUGUAUGUUAUAACGUGUCUUUGUAGCCUUUCCUUUCCUCAGAUCAUAACCUGCUCAAGAUUUCAAAAGUUUGAAGUUGUGGCUGACAAUUCACAAGUUUUAACGUCCUCCCUAUCGUGUUAUUUGUCAUCUUUUUGUAAAUCUUAUGAUGCUCACAAUGUUCCAGUGUGUUCACACCGCUGCUGCUUUUCAAACUUGACUGUGUCGCUAGAUUUGAUUGGACAUAUCUUAGCUAGAGAGUUAAGAAAUCAUCCAGGGAGCUGUGUAAACCAUGAACAUGGUCCAUUGUGAGAUUUAGUGUUUGAGUGCAAUGGAUGACUUGCAAGGAUGUCUUUUUUAUUGUUUUCAAUUCUUCCCAUCUAUUAUUAAUCGCUGCACAAUAUUAAAUGUUAAGAAGGGGAGGAGCACCGUUAAGAUUUGCAAUACUGGGUGUUAUACUGAACAUGAAAAUGCACCCGGCGUUGUAUUGGUGCUACACUGUUGAGUCACUGGUAAUUAAUAAAGAGCUGGUGCAGACAAACCUGCUCAACUUCCUGUUUUCCACAGAACCUUCUAUCACUUGUGCUGUUUUGAAAUCAUUUCAGUUAUUUUGUUUUUGUUUUUCUGCUGGUUUUACUCCUCGACUUGCUGUUUUCCUCUCAUCCUUCCUGUAUCCUGUACCUCUUACACAGACAGUCUCAAAUUAAGGAAAUUCAUAAUGGUUGAAAGAAAUGUAUGUGUGUUCAGUUACAUAUUCUAUUCAAACAAUUCAUUUCUAUUUGUCUAUGAAUGUAAUUCUGAAAGACAGUGAUCCAAUACACAUUUUUAACUGUCUUAAUACA